AUGGUACAUCAGGUCGCUGACCAGCGAAGCGCCACCUCAGCGACAUCAACGUGCUCGUCGCUGUCCUACCUCUCCGUUGCACAGGCCUGCUCACCCGAAGAGCAAGGGAUCUGGAGACCUCGCCGCCGCCAUGCACCGCCUCCAGCUUUGCCUACACAUCGUCGUGCCAGAGGCUACGAUGAUCUGUUUCCUUUCGAAGUCAGCCAGCUAGCAUCAAUCCUUUGCCACGCUCCACCAGCCAACACACCCCGGGAUGGAGCAGUAUGGACUGCUUAUGUGUCCCACACGAAUCAGCGCAUUGCUCUGCUCGGACCUAAGCUCAAAGCACCCCCUUCACUCCCAAGCUUCUUGCCUUGGACCGCCAAUCACGGCUCCUGCUAUUUACAUCGUCGUCUGAACAUCAAACCUCUGGAGAAUAUCUUUGCGGCUCUACGAUACGAGGCUGAGGUGAGGACACGAGAGGUCUGGCAGUAUGUGGCCUUAGCUGGUGCCCUGUCAGCUUCACAGACCGAACAACUAGCAUUGAUGGAUGAGCUACAGUCACUGUGGCUUCCGCCAUCCGUAUUCAGGGAGAAGUUUGACCGCUUGCCUACUUCGAGGUUCGCAUAUCAAGCUGAUGGAUGCGUUGCUUGUAUCCUGGCAAGGAUGGGAGGUAAUCUGGAGACUGCCAUGGCUCUAGGUGCCUUGUUAUUAGGCUCAAUGCGUCGACCAGACAUGCUCAGUACCCGCGUUUGCUUUUGUCGUGAGUGGAUUCGAUACACCGUGGAAGGCGACAUUGACAGUGUGGAUACUGCUCUCGCCGACAUGGAGACAAUGGGAACGAAGUUUCGAAAGGCGAGGAAAUGGGCACGUCAGCGAUCCAAGACCAUGAUCGAGCAUCAGAACGAGAAGCUCGGAUUGAGCGGUAUGCUAGAUGUGCAAACAGAUUUGCUCAGCUGUUGGAGACCCCUUACUCCUGGACAGCAAGUAUCCGAUCUCGCACCAGAGGCUGUUGAAAGGCUACAGGACAAGCGACGAUCUCAGGAACCAACACCUCAAGGAAGCUGGAAAGACAGAAACAUACUUCUUGCUCCGAGUUCGAACAGCCUGGUGAGUCGACCCAAAGACACCGCUUCGGUAGUCCACCGUGCUGCUGGAACAAUCUUGACGGAAACACUUCCAUCGAAAAUGAUCGACACGAACCCAGCGAAUUCACCAACAUCUCCGUACUCCGAGUUCAGCAGCAACCCUUUUCUGGAUGGUAACUCCUCGCCUUCACCCUUACACGACAGACACCUACCUCCAGAUCUGCCAUUCCGGCUAUUCGAACGACGUCGUGUACGUGACAAUGAUGGAUCACCUAGUCCACCCAAGAACGCCGUCCAGUGGCUCAAACAAAGCCCUGUGGUCAAGCAAGUCACGGCGGACCAGUUCAAAGACAAUCUCGUCCCCGUACCCAUUCUCGCAAGGCUUGACAAAAGUGACAGAAGUGUUGGAGCUCUCUGGAAAAGAAGGGCAAAGGAAUCAAAGGCCAAUCGAGGAGUGAUCAGCUAG